AUGCAGGCGUUCCUCUUUGGAGACCAACCCGGUCAGGUCCACCAGCUACAUCAUCCAGGUGCAGAACUCGAUAUCCACUGCGACGUGGCCCGCCAUGAAAUGACCCUACGAGAGACCGUCGGCGGCGACCCGCGCGUAAACCCAUCCGCGACACGGUACGACGUGCAUCUCAAUCCGAAGAACUCGCGCCUUCUGAAUAUCGAAGGUCUUGCGGACAACUCCAUCAUGUUGACGAUCGAGAUACGACCUGAAGCCUGUAAGGCCCGCGGACAUGGCUUGCGCUUGGAAACGAAAGUUUGGAGCUUUAGACCGGCAUACACGGACAGCAAACUACACAAUGAGUUUUAUCUGUGCGAUUGGCCCAGAAUGAUCCUUCGGGUACACCUUCCAGAGAGCCGGUUCUGGGGUUGGAAGACCGUGGCGAUGCUGCUUGUGACAUUUGAACGGCUCACUUGGGGUGGUUUGCGCAUCGUCGCGGAUAUCAAAGGCAUGACUGUGGCGGAUCUCAAUUGGCGGCAGGUCGAACAGAGUAUGUGGAUUGAGAGCAAAAGAGAUGUAUUGGUCAGGGAAGUGAUCAGGGAAGAGAAGUUGAAAAGUGAGCGUGCUGUAGAGCCAGGCCCUUAUGAGUUGUGGUUCUAG